CUUAGCGUACUUUGACCAACAAUUCUUCAAAAGCCUUUCGUAAGAUACUUAAGAAAUCGUCGCCUUUCGACGCAUAAUUAUGGAUCCUAAAGCUACCCAAGGAAGUACUUCGGGUUAUGCGAAAAGUAUAUCUUUGCCUGAGGUGUUUCGAAAUUUAAAAAACGCUAAGAUAUUUGCGGUGGAUAUAGGUGGGUCUCUUGCCAAGGUGGCAUACAUGUCAGAAGUGAGGUACAUCAGAAAGCGGCAUUACAGCUUUACUAAUAAGAGUGAUGAUGAGGAUCAGGAGAGAGGGUGUGACAGAAGUACGUCAGCUGGGCACAUAUAUGAGAUCAAAGAAGACCAAGAGUCCAGCCUCAGAUUACACUUCAUCAAGUUUGAAACAAAGUAUAUUGAGAUGUGCGUCAACUUUAUUCAAGAAAACAUUCUAUCUGCCAUCAGUAAAGAUAGAUUAAUUUUCUUUGUUAUCUGCACCUCAGGUGGGUCUCUUGCCAAGGUGGCAUACAUGUCAGAAGUGAGGUACAUCAGAAAGCGGCAUUACAGCUUUACUAAUAAGAGUGAUGAUGAGGAUCAGGAGAGAGGGUGUGACAGAAGUGCAUCAGCUGGGCACAUAUAUGAGAUCAACGAAGACCAAGAGUCCAGCCUCAGAUUACACUUCAUCAAGUUUGAAACAAAGUAUAUUGAGAUGUGCGUCAAUUUUAUUCAAGAAAACAUCCUAUCUGCCAUCAGUAAAGAUAGAGCACUUAAAGCCACAGGUGGUGGAGCUUACAAAUAUAGGGAUUUACUUACAAGUAAACUUGGCCUCAGCACUGAGAAGUGUCUGCGCACCCACUCCUCCCCUAACCCACCAACAUUCAGGGUUAACGUUGAGUUAAGGGAGGGAUGGGUGUGCAGUUGCUCAGAUACAGACUUUGAUCCACGAUUUCAGAUGCAAAACUUUGCUUUGACUGCUCAGGUGGAAUCUGAGAACAAGUUUGAACGUGUCGGUGGAACAAGCAUGGGCGGGGGAACCUUCUGGGGCCUGGGUUCGCUUCUAACGAGUGCGAAGGGCUUUGAUGAAUUACUGGAGCUUGCAACCAAAGGCCAUCAUCAAAAUGUGGACAUGUUGGUGAGAGAUAUCUAUGGCGGAGCUUACGAUGCAUUGAAGCUUCCAGGAGACUUAACUGCGAGCAGUUUUGGAAAAACAGUCAGGUCACCGAGAGAUGAUCAACAUACUGGUUUGUUCAAACUUUAUCAGAGGUCGUGGAAUGAAGAACAAGCACUUGGUACUUUGGGUAAUGUUACAGUAAAAGAGCUGUCUAUGUCAACAGAUAGCGUAGUGGAAAGUGCUCUGAAACUUGAGGGAAGUCAAAAGGCAAUGUUUCUAAGGCAUGAGGGAUAUCUGGGGGCCAUUGGAGCGUUUCUGAAAGGAGUAGAAGAAGACGCUGAUGUCAAUCAAAGCAAUCUGAAUGUAUUAACAUGGCGAGAGAAUUACGCAGGCAGUUCCGGAUUACCUUCUGUAAAAUUGCCCUCUGAUCUGCUCAAUUCUCGGAUUGCUGAUGGAGCCAUGUACGAUGUAUUAGAGAUGGACCAAUUUUCUCACACGCUAGUCCCGUUCCCUCUCCUCUCCUCGCCGAGCGACUACUUUCCUGAUACGCAAGAUCUUACAGUUGACACAGAAGCGCGGGAAUACUGGCUCAGUUGUUUCGAAGAUGGGCUGGAGAAAGUUGUUGCACGCGCCAUAGCGAGCCAGCCAGAUUCUCCAGACGCUAGAGAAAGGGCAGAAAAGUUUCGGAACAAAUUUCGACUUCGCCUCAAUGUUCUCAAGGAACAACCUGCAGCUUAUGGAACGUUGAAUGUACGAAGCUUGUUAGACGUGAGAGAACAAUACCUGAACGAGUUCAGCUUUCCUGAUCCAUAUGCAGAGGUGAAACAAAAAGAAAACGAGGCUGCACUUCUUCUGCUCUCUAAAAGACUUAGGGAACUGGAUGCACUACCCUGGGAACAGCGACAAGUUGCUCUCAUUGAAGGAAUUAUUGCUGGAAAUGUUUUUGACUGGGGUGCCAAAGAGGUCUCAAAGCUCAUGGAGAAAGGCGAACUCGACUUCCACUCGGCGAUGAAAAACCUACAAGCUCGACCGUGGUUAAAAGAUGACUUAGAUACCUGGAUUGAAAGGUCAAAGGGUCCACCUCAUGAGCUGGCUGUCAUAUUUGUUGAUAACAGUGGUGUGGAUAUUAUCUUGGGGAUGUUUCCAUUUGUCAGAGAACUUCUCUCCCGAGGAACGAAGGUUGUCAUGGCUGCUAACUCUUAUCCAGCCUUGAAUGACGUCAUGUAUAGUGAACUUGUGAUCUUGACAGAAAAAGUAGCAGAUUUAUAUCCAGAAAUAAGGACUGCGCGUAGAGAAGAGCAGUUAGUUCUUAUGGAGUCAGGGAUCGGUUCUCCGUGUUUGGACUGCAGGAGAGUGAAUACUGAGCUUGCACUGAAGUGUAGAGAUGCGGAUCUCUUAAUUUUGGAAGGGAUGGGCAGAGCCAUCCAUACAAACUACGACGCGAAGUUUACGUGUGAUUCUAUUAAACUUGCUGUCAUAAAGAAUCGCUGGCUUGCUCAAAAACUGGGUGGCGACAUGUAUAGUGUAGUGUUCAAAUACGAGCAAGGGAAAAAAUGUUCAAUUUGAAAUUAUGGAAGCGAGAUGCUUCUCAUGAUGAUAAAAUUGAUAAUACUUGAGUUGAUUUGGUAGUGUUUGUUACGAUUAUGAUAACGAUGACGAUAGCGAUUGUUGGUCAUGAACCUGUUGAUGAUGCUGACCUCGAGACGAUGAUGACGAGGAAUAAAAUCGAUGAUAAUGAUGAUGAUGAUCAUUAUUUCCAUGGCGACCACGACGACGAUGAAGAUAUUGGACACAGUGAUGAUGGCGAUGAAGAUUCUGAUGACUGACGAUGCUUUCAUCGACUCUGAUGAUAUUGAUGAGAACUACAACGGUAACAAUAAUGAAAACGAUGGUGGUGAUGAUGACGACAACGAUGAUAGCUUGCCUACUAAGCGUUCUGGCACAAUCAAAAACCUUCGCUGCAUUUUUAAUUUCUUUAAAAAUUUCGUUACCGUUAACUAUCAACCUGUGUAAAGUAUUGUGUGUAUUUAUUCAUUUGGGUUUCCAGUCUGUUUAUUUUUAAAACUGUACCAGUAAUUCAGCCUUAGGCUGCAAGUGGUCCGAAAUAAACUAUAUUAUUAUUAUUAUUAUUAUUAUUAAUAUUAUUACUACUUUGUUAAACUCAGUUAAAUCACAGCACCAAUUGUAGCGAUGACAUUGAUUAAUUUCAAAUAACAUCAGUAAUUAGGCGAAGACACGGAUAUAGGAAUAUAUUGUAAAUAGAUAUGUGUUUAUUAAGAAUUUUUUUGAUAAGUUGAAUGACGCACGCAUUUUUCAAUUGGUUCUUACUUAUAUUCUAUUGGAGGACAGACCUGGUAUGACAUUGCUAUUAACAGCAUUUUUCUUUUUCAUCAUACAUAACAAAUAGAUUCUAUGUUACCGUGCAUCUUCACCGUAACAGAUCACAGAAGACAUAUAUCUUAUUAACCAAGCGCGAGGGCCGUACUGGGAGAAUAUCGGCCCGAGGU